AUGGCGGACGAGAAGGAUUGUGAGGGUGCGAGUAGUCUUGAGAACUCUAGAAGCCGAGUUGGUGGGGUGGAUUCGAGGUAUUUAGCAACUUUACAGCCACAAGACAGAAAGCGCUUUCAAGAAAAGUUGAAAUAUGUAGUGGAUGGGGAAUUAUUAGAAAUACAAAAUCCCUACGAGUCAUGGAAUGCGCCGUCGUGGAGUGAUAAGCCCACCGCGUGGCCUGAAAUAGAAUUUGGUGAUCUGUGGACUUACCUCGUUGAAAAGCCAGGACCUUUUACAGAAGCAAAAAUAAAAGCUUACAAAAGUCUGGAAGCCCAUGAAUAG